UAAUAAAAUUGUGUAUAUAAAUGUUAAGACCGUCAGAGAACUGUUGUCAGUAAAAUUCGGCAGGCACUAUCAACCGGUGUGAGAAAAAUCAACCUCAAGAUGUUCAAACUGUUUGUUCUACUCGUGGUCCUAGCAGUCGCUUCCAUCACUCUUGCCGCUCCUGGAGCUUUUCCAGGACCUAAUCCUGCACCAGGACCAGUCGCUUCACCUCAAGUAGUGUACGGUGCUUACCCGUACUAUGGGGGAUACUACGGAUAUUACGUUUGAAUAGAAGGAAUUACAAAAUGAAACAAAUACAAUUUUCGCUAAUUAUAUUCACAUAGUACAAAUAAUAGGUGUAUAUUUUUAAUAAAGUAUAGAACAGUAAUUU